UGGAAACAAUUUUGAAAUCAUCAUCAUAGAUGAUGGAAGCCCGGAUGGGACACAGGAAAUUGCUGAACAAUUGCAAAAGAUAUAUGGAUCAGAUAAAAUACUUCUAAGACCCAGAGCAAGAAAGUUGGGCCUUGGCACUGCCUAUAUUCAUGGAAUGAAGCACGCCACUGGGAAUUUUAUUGUUAUUAUGGAUGCUGACCUCUCUCACCAUCCAAAAUUUAUUCCAGAGUUUAUCAGAAAGCAGAAAGAAGGCAAUUUUGAUAUUGUAUCUGGAACAAGAUAUAAAGGAAAUGGAGGAGUAUAUGGCUGGGAUUUGAAAAGAAAAUUAAUCAGUCGUGGUGCCAAUUUUAUAACUCAGGUUUUGCUGAGACCAGGUGCAUCAGACUUAACAGGGAGUUUCAGGUUAUACAGAAAAGAAGUCUUACAGAAACUAAUGGAAAAAUGUGUUUCUAAAGGAUACGUCUUCCAGAUGGAGAUGAUUGUUCGGGCUAGACAGUUAGGAUAUACUAUUGGAGAGGUUCCUAUUUCAUUUGUGGACCGUGUCUAUGGAGAAUCUAAACUGGGAGGCAAUGAAAUAGUCUCCUUCUUAAAGGGACUCUUGACCUUGUUUGCUACAACAUGAUAGUUUAUUCCUAAAUUAACUUUUUUAGAAAAACAUUUUCUGGCAUCUGUGUGGUUUUUAGUUAUAAUAGCAGAAGCUUGAUAAUUUGUGUGGUGACAAGAAGACCUGCUAUAAACUAACAGUUAAACGAACCACCAAUAAUAAACUAAAUAUGUUGUACCCCAAAAUGCUCCUUUCCAAAUAAAUGAACUGUAUGUUAAACUAAAAAGUAAUGAAGACUAAUGCUCUAUUCUAUUUUUGUAAAAAUAAUGAAGUCUUAAUAAAGAACACAAAGCUAAAUGAUCUUUUGCAUUUAGGAAUGAAUCAUUAUUCAGCAGAA